AUGGUUGCCCUCUGGGGAGGCGGGGAGGCGGAUAAGGGGAAUGCGGUGGACGCGGCUGGCGUGCAGGCGUCUGUGCUUCAUCAGCAGUGUGAGGCAGCCGUGGAUGAGGUGCUCGCCUCGGUAAAUACGGUGCAGUACCUGAUUAAAAGCAUUGAUGAAAUUACGGGCAGACCAUUUAAGCGGGAACGCGUCAGGUGCGUCUCACUAAAUCGCGGCGGCCGCAGCAGUGGCGAUGACGUUAGUGGUAAUGGCGCUGGGCUUUCAGACGGCAACGUGAUGGCGGGGUACAUGUGGCGCCGCGCGCGCGAAGACUGCGAAAAGGGUGAUAUUCUCCUUGUUGAAGAGCUCAUGGUUGGAAAGGCCAGCAACGGCAGCACGAAUACGCCUGACAGGCGAACAGUCGAAACGGUGGAGAGAAGCCUGCGUCAUGAACUCAUUCACGCCUUCGAUGACGCGCGGGGCGUGAUUGAUUCUUCCGACUGCAUGCAUCAGGCAUGUAGUGAGAUCCGGGCAGCGCGGCUUAGCGGUGAUUGCUUUGUCGGCGAGGAACUCAAACGUGGGCGGCUGGAUCCUUUGCGUAGCGGUAUGCUCUGUGUGAAGCGUCGUGCCACGCUUGCCGUGGAAAGGAAUCCCAUCUGUCGCGGUUUUUCUGAGCGGGCCGUAGAACGCGUAUUUCAGCGGUGCUACUCGGACUAUGAGCCCUUCGCCGCGCCCAUUUAUGCCAUGGGUAGUUAUGGCGAGAAGCUAUUUAAAUAG